CGAAUUACAUGCUCCUGAAUGGCACUGACUAAUUGAUUUUGGCUCGAAAAUCAGGACGUGGUUCAUAAUUCAUGCUUGAAAUGUUUCUUCGUGCAUCAUGCUCCAUUCUGCAUCGUCUUUGCAUCCUCGGCCUUGUCGUCGGAACGCGUGGCGGAAAGGGUGUUCAUAGUUCCUGCGUGCGAUCUCCGAACUCCUGUCACGGGCAUGCAGAAAUUCUGGUGGAGCACCUUCGACACCGCGUCGCGAUCGGUUUAGCCACUCCCUUCAUGGUGGAUUGGAACGGUGACGGUCGUCAGGAUUUCUUUGUUGGCCAACAAGAUGGUUCCGUGCUGUACUACCAGCAGGAUCAGGGACGUCUCAAAGUGCAACAGGGCGAAGCCAAUCCGUUGCACUUCAUGGAGCCUGCACCCUAUGACAAAGCCCAAGGUGGCUAUUCUUCAGCGGCUCCGGUGGUGGUGGACUGGGAUUCGGAUGGUCAACUGGAGAUCUUGGUAGCCACUGGAGGCCGCGUGAGAUUCUUCAAAGCGAAUGAGCGUGGAGUGCUCGUGGAGGCCGACGUGAACCCCUUCGCUGGUGUGAAGCUUGGCUGGGUGGCCGGGCGAUUCUGCGUGGCAGACUGGGACGAGGACGGCGACCUGGAUCUCAUCGCCUCUCACGGCAGGACACUGGACUACUACGAGCAGAUAGAUGGACGUUUGGUCAUGCGAAAGGGCACGCAGAACCCCUUUCUUCACGUUCAGGGUGACCUCAUUGCAGACGCCCAGGGCUGGGAUGGCACCUACGGGGCACCCUUUGCAACGGAUUGGGACAACGAUGGCGACCUCGACUUGAUCUUAGGCCAGUCGGAUGGCAGCCUGUGGUUUUACGAGCGAAUGGCCCAUGGCCUGUCGAGGCGCUCCGGAAGGGCCAAUCCUUUCGCAGCGAUUAAGAAUGGCUACUUUGCUUCUGCCCAAGUGAUUGCCCGGCGCAACAAGUCCUACUUGCUCACUGGAUACCAGGAUGGUGUGGUGGUGAUGUACCAGCGAGAGAUGGAGGUGAUUCUGCGUGAGCGGACAUUCUCCAUGAACCCCUUCCGCCAGAUAGGUCAGUUGAGAAACGCAGUGCCUGCUGCUCCCGUGAAGGAUUCCAAGGGCACCACCUAUUUUUUGUUUCAAGAGACCAACGUGGGAUCGGUGCAGAGCUUCAAACAACACGCCGAUGGGCGCUUUGAGAAUGUCACCGCGACGAGAGCCAAUACGGUGCCGGGAACCCUUUGGCAUCCAGCAGGCACUCCCCAAUACGUGGACUGGAACGGCGACGGAGCUUUAGACAGGCUGACUCUUUUCUACAACGGAACCCUGCUGUAUGAAGAAGGGAUCAACGGCAGCUUUGUCGAAGUUCGCUCCCAAAAUCCCUUUGCAGGACUCUCCUUCAACAAGCACUUCGCUGACAGCAACGUGUCAGGUUUCUUGGCCUUGGACCUUCGUGGCGGGCGGAUGGGACUUCUGGUGGCCGAAUGGGGCUUCUCUCACUUGAGGUUUUUCGAGACAGGCUGGUGUGAGCUAGCAGAUCCCUGCAAGUCCAAAGGUGUGUGUGGCAGCAAUGGUAUUUGCCAGUGUUUCACUGGAUAUGGGUCAUAUGAUUGCUCCAGUUGCCGCGCCGGCUUCUUCACGGAGGCCCGUGAUUUGGGCGAACGCUGCGAAGCGUGUCCUGGAACCAACUCCAAGAAUGGCACCUGCAGCUCACGCGGCUGGUGCUUUGACGAUGCGAGUGCCUUUGAGGCGGUGACGGAGAACAUGUCAAGACUCCAGCGCGAGUUCUUGCGUGGCACUGGGCAGUGCCACUGCAACGAGUUCUUCUUCGGUACCAACUGCGAUCAAGGCUGUUGCCCACCCGGCUUUGAACAUGCAGAAGGACAAUGCUUCGAAUGCGCUCCAGGAUGGCACAAACCUGAAGACAGCAACAGUGCCCUGUGCAGACCUUGCCCUGAAGACAGCUAUGCGAAUCUGCCGGGAAUGUCCCAAUGUCAGAGCUGCCUGGGAAUGUGGGUGGCAUGGUCUCCCAAUGAGGCGCACACGGAAUGCCUCAUUGAUGUGGUCUCCAGCCUUUUGAUCGCUGCCAGCGUGGCUUGCUGGACCAUUGUCUUCUUCCUGGUGCCCUUCAUCGUGGGGCUGCCCGUGAUCAUCUCCGACGUCGUCUCUCAUUUGGGCGAUGUCCGGCUCAUCGCCCACGGCCGCCACGGCGUCCUGCGGAACCGCGCGGUGACGGUGACCUUUCGCGAUACUGGCCAUCCAGAUUUGGAUUCCGGCGAAUUCCGGGCCACCUGGCUCUCCUACCAUGAGCUCUCACUCUCCCAAAAGGAUGGAAGCCCACUCGCGGAAAUUGAGACCUCCAGCGGCACCUUCCAGGUCUAUUGCCCACAUGCCAUUGCUCGCACGGGCAUGUUUGGAGUUCAGUAUUCCAUGAUCCUCAUGAUGGCCGUCGCAUAUGUAGGCGUGUUUUAUUCAUUUGCAGUGAAUGAGGCAUACGUUUCGGGCACCCGGACCCUUUUGCUGCAUGCGUGCCUGGGGCUGACGACUGGCCUCGUGCUCCACCUGCUGCGUUUCUAUGCCUUGCGUCGCACAAGGCUUUCGAAGGAGAUGCAUCGCUUCCGGCACAAGCUUCGAGAGUUGAAUCCCACACCCGUUUCCACCCGUCGUGGUCCACAUCGCGCGGUGACCAUAGGACAGUUGGCAUACUUCUAUGAGUUCUUCAAGGCACAUGUUGGUUUAAACCGCAACAUGCACUAUGUUGUCCACAACAUCCUGAAGCCAGUGACGCGGCCCACGCAAUUGUCCUAUGCUGAAGUGGCAGGGCCUUCUAUGGUUCAGUGGUUUGUGUCGCACCAUUGGGGGACUGCUUUUGGUCACUUUCUGCAAGCGAUCCGCCAGCAUGCGAUCUCCAUCUCUCCACCUUCGUCCUUCCAGAAUGAGUGUUAUUGGAUCUGCAGUUUCAGCAACAAUCAGUGGAAGGUCGAUGAGGAGAUCGGGGACACGUGGGAUGAAUCUUCGUUCUACUUGGCCAUGCGAUCCAAUGAGUGUCAAGGUACAGCAAUGGUCUUUGACGACCAGGCGGUCACCUUGACUAGAGCUUGGUGUCUCUUCGAACUCCUCCAGACCGAACGCUUGAGCAUGGAGAGGACCAGCUACCAGGGCCUGAUGAUUUGCACUGGGCAAGGGAUCAUGAAUCAUGGUGCCGGAAGCCUGGACUUGGCGAUGAAUGUCACCCUGCGCCUUGCGAACCUUCGUCUACAGGAUGCACAGGCCACCAAGGACCUGGACAAGGAGAUGAUCGACGGCCUCGUGUUGAACAGUGGUGGCUUUGAGAAGGUCAAUGCUUUUCUCAUCCAGACACUCAAAAAGGCGCUGAAAGCUACUCAGAUGCGUGUGCGGGACGAUCUGGAGUCGGUGAGAGCCACUCUGUCCGUCGCCGAGCUCCGAAGCAGCACUCUGAGGAAGAGCUGCAGCAGCAAGUCGUCUGCCUCACCCGUGAAACCUGGCCUCCGGCGAUCGCAAAGCUUGAACUACCAGAAAGUGCGCUCCAGACAGAAACUCAGAUAUUGGAGUUCCAGAGCGCUUUCCGCUGAUGCCCAUACCGCCUCCACUUCUUUGUCUUCGAAUCAUGGGAAGAGCUACUCCUCAAAGCCAUCCGCAGUGUUAUUGGGUGCUUCAAGCUCCUGUGGGCCUCAAAAGAUUGACUCAUUGUCUUCGCACUGCAGGGUGCCAAGCUCUGACACGGCCUGGUCGGCUCUAGCCUUCUCUGAGAAGG